AGAUCAUAUUUUGUGGCUAAUAUCUUGGAUUUCUUUAGCCAUUUCCACAGACUGGUAAAAGCUUCAAAAUUCUGCUUUGCAAAAAAUUAACUUUGUUAAAUAGAAAUUCAACAAAAUAGGAGUAUUAAGCUCUGCCAAGAGCCACCGUAACUGAUUUCUCUCUCUCUCUCUCUGCAAUCAAGAAAGAAAAAUUAUGGGAACGCCUCUUUGCAGACACAAGGCAGGAUUUGCCGGAUUAGGGCUCUGUGUAUGCAAACAUUUGUACAUACAUGUUUAUUAAUAAACAAAGUAAUUCUCUCAGAUACAGUGUCAGAAUUCGGUAUGAGGAUUGAAGAUAAUCUGGAAUGCUGAUAAGAUUUUGGUUGAUGUUUGGGGAAAUUUCUUGAUUUCUUAGCCAUUCAUUUCCUCCCCUGUAUCUGGUUGAAGAGUGAUUUGAUAUAUCUCUAAUUUGGGAGAUUUUUGAAUCUGAGAUAUCUGGAAAUAAAGGGAUUUUUGUGAUUGGGGGAAAUUAGUAGAUGGCAAUGGUGGAAGAGGGAGUUCUUGGCAGGAAUUUGAACAUGGAAGGUGGGGGUGGAGCAUUGGGUUUGAGGGUGGAGGAAGAUGAAGACGAUUUCAAGAGCUGCUGCGAAGAUGAGGAUGAAUUGAAGGAGAAGGAAGAUCAUGUGAAGGUGGAUUUAGAUGAGAAUGUAGUAAAAAUGUAUUUUAAGGGUGUGUCUGUUACCUGCCCCGGUGAUUCGGGGGCUAGGAUUUCUGGAAUCGGGGUGGUGAUCGAGAGGCCGGGAUGUUCGACUUUGGUUCAGGUCCAGAAGAGGCUUGAUUUCUAUGUAGAGGAGCUGGUUGCAGAGUGUUUGGCAUUGCUGGAUGGUUUCUCUGAGGCUGCUCAGCACGAGGCUAGGCGCGUUUUGGCCUUCACGGAUUCUGAAAUCUUGCAUAGUCAGAUUGUUGAUAAUAAGGUUGUUGAGAGUCCUCUUUUGGCGGCAUUGGGACAACGGAUCAUGGAACAAGCAUGUAAUUUCGAGACGUUUGUCCUAAAACUCGUCCCAACUAGUGACUUACUCAAGGCGUUAAGUUUAGCUCAAGUCGCGGUUGGUAUAGUCUCCUCUCGUUGUAGCGGGGAGGAACCAAUUGAGAACUGCUCGAUCUGCUGUGAGGAGAAGCUCUCGUCGAUGAUGCUCUCGUUCAAAUGUUCCCACAGGUUCUGCUCCCACUGUAUGAAAACCUACGUCGAGGGGAAAGUGGAUUACAGUCAAGUGCCAAUCAGGUGCCCUCAAUUGGGAUGCAAGUACUGCAUUUCGGCUUCAGAGUGCAGGACGUUUCUUCCCGUUGCCUCUUAUGAGUCUCUGGAGAGAGCCCUCGGAGAAGCAGACGUGUUGAGCUCUAACAAGAUGUACUGCCCGUAUCCUAGCUGCUCGGUGCUGCUUGACCCUUACGACUGCUUGUCGACUAGGGGAAGCUCGUCGAGCCAGUCGGACAACAGCUGUGUGGAGUGCCCCGUCUGUCAAGGGUUCAUCUGCGUUGAUUGUGAGGUGCCGUGGCAUUCUUCCAUGACCUGCGAUGAGUAUCAACGCCUCCCGUUGGAGGACAGGGAUGCCUCUGAUUUGACCCUGCAUCGUCUGGCUCGGAACAAGAGGUGGAGACGCUGCGUGCAGUGCAGGACGGUGAUCGAGCUAGCUCAUGGUUGCUACCACAUGACAUGCUGGUGCGGCCACGAGUUCUGCUACUCGUGUGGGGCGGACUACAGGGACGGGCUGCAGACAUGCCACUGCGCGUUUUGGGAAGAUGAUAACACCGAGGAGAUGGCCGCGUACCCUACCCAGCAGCUGGAGCAGUGGGCGUGGGACUCAUUUGCGUCGCUCCCGAUGACGAUGGACGCGUACUCGGAUCAAGAGCGGUCACAGCUGGCCCUGAUCCAGAGGUUCCUUGCUGGAGGGUUCGGUCUGAGCGACCAAAAUCCGUAUCAAGCGCCCCCGCAGUGUACGGACUCGUAUGCGGAUGCGAUGAAGGAUCUGCAUCAGCUGCCAUGGCUCGAGAGGUUCGUGUCGGUUAUAAGCGAUAACUACUACGAAGACUACAUACAAUGAUGCUGGAAGGAGAGGUAGAGCACCUCACUCUCACUCCUUCACGGCUACCUUUCGGUAUUGCUUUAGCUUCAUAUACCGAGCUCGUGCAGUCGUGCUCGUGCUCGUGUUCGUGCUUCAUAAUGAUCGAGAUUUCUUUCGCAUUCUUGAUGAACAGAUUCAAGAGGAGAGAUAUGAGAGGAAAAUAUAUUGUUAUCAUUGAAAAGCAAAAUAGAAAAGGAAAUAAAUACAUUUCAUUUUCUGGGUAGUUUCUUAAUCUGUAACAAGUAUACCUCCGACUAAUAGAUCGAAGUUCGAGUCA